CACCGUCACAUAAUACCUCAAGCUCCUCCACCGCUGCAAAAUCAUGCGGUUGUAAAACUUGUCCUGAUUAUGUAAUAGUGGAGGAGUCCGGGAGACCACGUGGUGGUGCUACAUUGGAACUGAAAGUACGAGUGUAGAAUCCUCUGGAACGGAUACACGGCAAUAAAGGUGAAGGAGCACUCUCUUUCAACACAACCCAAACAACUGCUCUCCUUCCUUCUUUCUCCGCUCUUCUUCUCCCUUACGAAAACACAACUCUACUCUCUCUCUCUCUCUCUCUCUCUCUCUCUCUCUCUCAUCAACACUCCAAAACCCUCCAAUCAAAAAACCCACUAAGACUUCAACUCCACACAUAAACCCCCCACUCACAAAACCCAAUCUUCAAUCAACCCACGCAAACACACACACACACACAUAUACGUAUCUAUAUAUAUAUACAGAUCAAAUUGGGUCAAUGUCGGCGCCGAGAAAUCGCAGUAUGGAGAACCGGUUCUACUGUGCUCCGCCGAUGCGGAAGCAAAACCAGGAGCAGCAGCAGCAGCCGCCGCCGCCGCGGCAAUCGAAGUUGAACAGGACGGCGAAGCCGAAGCCAGCGCCUCCGUCGACGGCGGCGGCGGAGAAGGGAGUUGUUGAAUCGGACGAUAAUUGCUCGUCGUCGUCGGUGAACACGGCGUCGUUUUCAUCGCCGGUGGGACCCAGCUGUAAUUUGGAUCGGUUUCUUGAGCACACUACUCCGGUUGUUCCAGCCCAGUAUUUAUCUAAGACGAACAUGAAACAAUUGAGGACAAGUGAAGACAAAUUCCAUCCAUUCUUCGUCCUUGGGGAUCUGUGGGAAUCUUUUAAAGAGUGGAGUGCAUAUGGGGCAGGAGUUCCUCUUGUUCUGAAUGGGAGCGACUCUGUUGUGCAAUACUAUGUGCCAUUCCUGUCUGGCAUUCAGCUGUAUAUAGACCCAUCGAAGCCCGGCAUGAGUCUAAGGCGGCCUGGUGAAGAGAGUGAUGCAGAUUCAUCCAGGGAAACUAGUAGUGAUGGUGGCAGUGAUUGUGGAGCCGAAAGAGGAACCAAUCAUGUUCAGGGUGCAUGGAGCCUGUGCAACAAUAUGCGUGCAAUGGCCCAAAGUUUUAACCGACUUUCAGUUGACGAAGGCAAGAUUAGCGACCCACCUGGUUUACGUUUAUUUGAAUAUUUCGAGAGUGCUCCGCCAUUUAGCCGUGAACCCUUGGCUGAUAAGAUUGCAGUCCUUGCAUCUCGAUUUCCACAACUCAAAACCUGCAGAAGUUAUGAGCUAACACCUGCAAGUUGGAUUUCUGUUGCAUGGUACCCCAUAUAUAGGAUACCGACGGGUCCAACUCUACAGAAUCUGGAUGCCUGCUUUUUAACAUUCCAUUCCCUGUCAACGCCCUUUACAAGUAGCAGUAGCACUGAUUCGCCGCAUGUGCAUGUUCCAACUGCAAGGCAACUGCAGAGUGCCGGCGUGCCUUUAAAGUUGUUAUUGCCCAUCUUCGGGCUUGCUUCUUAUAAGUUCAAAGUUUCUGUUUGGAAUCCAGAUGGAGUCCAUGAAAGUCAAAAGGUGAAUUCUCUAUUGCGAGUUGCGGACAACUGGCUCCGUCGUUUGCAAGUUGACCACCCUGAUUACAAGUUUUUCGUGUCCCACAACUUAUACAUUUGAUGAGAGGGAAGUUCCUUUUUUUUUUGUUGAACGCUAAUCCUCCAAUUAUGCCUGUGGCUGUGUUUUUGGCUAUGACAUUCUCUUACAUCAUCAAUUGAAAAUUGUGGAGCUCCAGUAUUUCUUUUAGGGCUUCAAAGGUGAUGCUGAUAUAAUGGUAGGUUGAUAAAUGGCUGUUUGCUUAUCACAUGAGUCGAGAUGGAUAUGGAGAGAGGGUGAGAUUCUUCUUAAAGUGUCGAUGGCCGAUGAAUGAUGAUGAUGAAAAGUUACAUAAUACCGGUACAUUGGAUUGAUGUUAGCUUAUGAGAGAAAAUACUUUGUAUUGACUGUUGGUAUGGUAAACUUAACAACAAUGAUUGGGAUUGUAAAGCUUUUUUUCUCCUUAAUGGUAUGAUGUAAUUUGUUUUACAGGCAAAUCCUUAUUAAUAGAAUGAAAAGUUAAAGCUGCA